CUCCAAAAUGAUCGGCAGCCUGACCCGCUAUUGAGAUUACCGUAAACAUACGGGUGUGACACAGAUCGCGCGCGGGCGCGCGGCGGGGGGUGCAGGUAAAAUAGCGUGCACCGAUGCCUGAUGCGCAAACGCACUUUACAAUGUUCGGUGUCGUGUUGUUGACGGGUACGUUAAUUGCGCUCGCUAACGCGCGCAUUUACGAGCGAUGUGAACUCGCUCGUGACCUGUUGAAAUUCGGUGUGAAAAGGGACGAUGUGGCAACAUGGGUGUGCAUCGCUUUCCAUGAAUCAAGAUUCGAUACGGCAGCUCGCAAUCCGCAUAGCGGCGACCACGGGCUGCUGCAAAUCAGUGAGCUGUACUGGUGCGGUCCCGGCAAAGCUUGUGGUGUGCCGUGUUCAGCAUUCCGCAACGAAGAUAUAUACGAUGAUGUUCAGUGCGCAGUACGAAUUCACGAGGAACACACACGUCUUCAAGGAAACGGUUUCCUGGCCUGGGUAGUGUACCCGCAUCACUGCAAGCAUAAUGCUAAGAAAUAUAUAAUCGAUUGUGAUACUUCUGUAAAACAUACUCCUGCUAAAUUUGAUGACAGAGCGCGGCACAUAAAAACUUUUGAACGUAAUAAUACAAACCCGCAGCUUGUAAGUUAUCCAGAUAUUGAUAAAUUGAAACCCCCGUAUCUAGCCAUUAAUGAAUUGUUUAAAGGAAAUUACAUGAAUGAAUUUGAAAAGGGUUAUUAUAACAAUAAAAGGCCGUUAAAUUGGUUAAAUUUUAAAAUUGACAACAUAGAUAAUUUGAAGUUACCAGAUCUGACCAAAAAAGGUUAUUCCGAACGCACAACACCUUCUACUAACACAUUAGAUCCAGCUAUUAUAGGAAUAAAACCACCAUCGCCUAGAAAAAUUGAGUCCAAUCAAUUCCGUCGAAGGAUGAUGAACUCGAGAACAAUAUCUACGAAAAAUUAUGGUAUAAACGAUAAUGUGUUUAGAAAAUCAUUUGGUGAAAUCUCGCCAACAAAUAACGUGUACGUAGAAAUUGAUCUAUCUCAGAACCCCUUUAUACAUUUGCAGAAGAUGUCGACUAAGUCUUCCACAGAAAUACCGAAUCAAACGAGAGGCUUAUCGAGAUACAAUCAAAAUUACGUGAACAAUUUUGUCUCAACUACGCCACGAAUAAGUACUACACUCGGAAGUUCGAUGUCAUCCGAAAGAAGAAUGUCCACAGAACAGAACAGUAGUCUAACCACAACUACACCGAAGACGAUUACUUCAAGGAGAGGAAAAUCUCGAUACGUGCCAGAAAACAACACUCCUGACCACUCAACACUUGGUAGUCCUUCUAGUACUACCACUUCACCGACGGUCACUCGAAUAAAUAAAAGUGAUACCGCAAAGUUAAAUAUUAAUAAUUAUAACAUUUCUAUGAAUAGUUCAAACAAGAGCGAACGACGUGAACUCAAAUUGCUUGAAACAACAACUCCAGCUACUUACACGAUCAGUAAUAAAUCUAAUAAAUCUAUGGAAAUAAUGGAAAUCAAAUCGACUAGUUCUGUGGAUGAAAAUUCGUCUAUAAAAACUCAGCAGUAUGAAAAUAAACCGAAGACUCAAACUACGAAUACAUCGAUAGAAAUGUCUGGCUCAUCUACAAGAUUCAGUUGGGAUAGUCCUCGUUAUAUUCAGACGACAGUAUCGACACCUCAAACGGUCAGGACGACAACAAGCCGAGCCUCAGCACCGACUACUCUAGCGCCCACGACAGAAAGAAUAGUACCAUCAUCUAAAGUUACGUCUUUCGUUACACAAACUACAACUGAUCCUACACCCACUAUUAAAUCCACGCAGUCUAUAUUUGACUUAUAUUUGAAUCCUACAAAGGCUACAUUGAGGCCUUUUAAGUUUACUUCAUUUGAAAACAGCCCGUUCAAAGUUAGAAUAUUCUCAGGCGGUACCACCACUCCACCCGCUUCUUACCUUGCUUCAAGGAAGCUCAGGCGAUAAUUGUUACAUUAUAAGACUUAUUUAGACAUAUAAUACAUUAAUAUCUACUGCCAUAAUAAGUUUUGCAAAAAUGUAAAAAUAUAUUUUAUCUUAAGAGUUGAACCAAAAAGCAUUUACAAUUAUACUUUAAUUAUACAUUUACUAGGUUAUAAGAUUUUAUAAAAAGAGUUUGCUUAAUUAUAAUUUGUGAUAUUAAAUUCGUGUCCUCGUCUCGUC